UAUAUUUAUAAAAAAAAAAAAAAAAAGUAACAUUCUUCUUCUUCAUCCGGGUCUUUUACCCAUCAGCCAAAGCUUUCCGGUGCGUCGUCAGUGUGAUUUUCCUGUGAGCAUCUCUCGACACGCAGACAUGCCUCUCGCAAAGGAUCUGUUGCACCCGAGCUCUGAGGAGGAGAAGAGGACACACAAGAAAAAACGUCUUGUUCAGAGUCCUAAUUCCUAUUUUAUGGAUGUCAAAUGUCCAGGUUGCUACAAAAUCACCACAGUGUUCAGUCACGCUCAGACUGUGGUGCUGUGUGUCGGCUGUUCCACGGUCCUCUGCCAGCCUACGGGAGGGAAAGCUCGCCUUACAGAAGGAUGCUCAUUCAGGAGGAAACAGCACUAGUUUGACCAGACGUGGUUGGACACAGUUGAGGAGGAGAAAGAACAGCGCUUGAUGGACAUCAAGUAACACUGCCAUAGAGCUGAUGCAGCAAAAGAGGAAAUGGAGAGCGGGAAUACAAAUCAUGUAAUAUAAGAAAUCUCUAUAGAAUAUGCAAAGAGAAAUGGUUGGUGUAGUUGAGACCAGACCAGACUGACACCACAUAUCCAUUAAUUCCUCUCUCUUAAUAAACUUAGGUUGUUUGUUUUGGUAAAACAAUCUUGCAUGUUUGUCAUCCAGUUUGUUCUUUUCACCUCGUGAAGGUUGUUGGAUGUCAUUUGUCUGGUAAAAGACUCUUGUGAGCUCAGGACCCCUUAAAAUGUGCUGCUAAAGAGGCAUUUGGUUUCCUCCUAGUGCACAGAUGUGUGGCCUCAACAGUUUUUCGUGGCGACGGAUUUGCAUUUGUUUGCAUUACACCCUCAAUGGUUAAGCACAAAUAUUUACAGGGAGAUGAGGGUGUGUGAUAAGCCUUGCAAAUAUUGUCCACUAGUUGCUCAGCACUAUUGAUUUAUGCAGAUUUUAAAACACUAGACCAGUUCUAGGAAAGGAGACACACUGGCUGAAAUUGCAUUCAAGAAGAGCUGUCCCUAACUGCAGGUUUACUAUGUUAAAACUGCACUCAGCAUAAUCGAAUGUUGGUUGAUGUGUGUUAGAUCUGGUAAUAAAUCCAGACACUAAAUACAUAUAUACAGUACCUGUAUAUGGCAAGUUAAUACCACAGUGGAGUACAGCAUUUAAUUGAGACAAUGAUGUCAUCAGUGGUGUUGGUCCAGGCCCACUCUCACUCUGAACGAGGGUUGAUUCAGGGAAAGUCAUCACUGGCUCUGCUUCUGUUUCCUGAUGCUUGUAAAACACAGAACACACAGUGAUGUGACGCUAAAUGUCCUCAUGAAUGAUUAUGGUUGUGAAUUUACAUGUGCUUGCAAGCUUCCUGUGAAAAUGAUAACGUGGGAUGAAUUCUUGUGAAAUUGCAAAAACAAUCAGACUGGCUUGGUUGGAGAUAAAUCAGCUAAAAUCAUUUGUGUCCUCCAGUUUACUCAGAUUUAGUUUAGGCUGUGUGGGCCAGUUGCACAGUCUGAACACUGAAUAAAGAAAUUAAUUUAGCAGGGCGAGUAAAUUAUAACUUUCUCGUUGCUAUGGUGACAUUUUUCUUAUGUCUUGCUUGUAUACGGCUUAAAAAAUAAAAUCAUAAUGAAUAAUAUGA